AAAGAGGUGAUUUUCAGAGACGAGUAAUUUCCUCACGGCACGCGUUGUUUCUGUACAAAACUAACAACAUCAACGCGUGCGCGCGUUCGCCCUGUCUCGCUUCAUUUUCCGCUCCCAGGCAUCGCCUCCUUUCGGUUCUGUUGUAUCGAAUUCACCUCAGAGACGCCGAAAGUUGACAUCUUUCGGGCGUUUCGGGGAGAAGUUUUGAUGGGUUCCUUCUUCCUAUCUUCGAGGACGUGCAAAGUUUGAAUCUUUGAAGUGGGGGAGUGCUGAAUUUUUGCUGUUCAGAAAAGAGUAGGUCUAUAAUAAAUGGCGGGGAAUGAGAUCACUCAAUCACAAGGCCAACUUGUGCUGCCAUCUCCACCGCGUUUGAUCGUAGCAAUAGCCAUUGAUGGGAAGAGAAGGAGCAAGUAUGUGGUCAGGUGGGCAUUGGACAAGUUUGUUCCGCAGGGAGAGGUGCUGUUCAAGUUGGUCCAUGUCCGUCCAAGGAUUACGGCCGUGCCUACACCGAUGGGAAACUCCAUUCCUCUUUCACAAGUUCGAGAAGAUGUAGCGGCUGCUUAUAAGAAGGAAAUGGAGUGGCAGACUAAUGAAAUGCUACUUCCUUUUAAGAAAAUGUGUUCUCAGAGAAAGGUGCAAGUUGAAGUCGUGCUAAUUGAGUCUGAUGAUGUGGAGAAUGCCAUUGCGGAAGAGAUUAACAAAUCUGCUAUUGGUAAGCUUGUUAUUGGAGCUGCUUCUCGUGGAAUAUUCACAAGGAAACUUAAGAAACAUAAUCUGUCUUCAAGAAUUUCGGCUUGCACCCCAAGUUUCUGUACAGUAUAUGCUGUUUCGAAAGGCAAAUUAUCUUCAAUUCGCCCAUCGGACUUGGAGUCCAGUGUAAGCAUUAAGGAUGAUAGCAGUGACACAAGUUGCUCUGCCAAGAGUGCAUCUUAUUCUUCCAGCUCACGAGGAGACACCAGCUCAGUUACUUCACACUCUCAUUUUCACUCUCCUUCCUUACCCAUGCAACGUUUUCAAGCUCUGUCCACUAUAAACCAAUCCCUACAUAGCACAGCAAAGCUUUCUACUCAAACUAACCAUUCUAGAUGCCAAUCUCUGCAAAUCGAAGAAGGUGACGAAACUGAUAAUGGUUCUGAGGUCAAAAGUACCAUGAGGCAAACAUCCAGUGUCCAAAGCUUGAUAACAGAUGCACAAUCUUGGAUCUCCGAUCAAGCAUCCACCUCAGAGACGCUCACUGAUUAUCCUUCAUCGGAAAGUCAGGCUAAUCUCAACUUUGAGUUGGAAAAGCUGAGAAUUGAACUUAGACAUGCUCGUGGGAUGUAUGCGAUGGCCCAAAGUGAAACAAUGGAUGCUUCCCGAAAGCUAAACAAGCUCAAGGAAAGACAGUCGGAGGAAGCCAUGAAAUUGGAGGACAUAAAAUCCAAGGAACACAGAGCAGGAGAAUUAGCUAGACAGGAGCAGGAAAAGCAUCAUGCUGCAAAAAUGGAAGCCGCAUAUGUGAACGAUUGUGCUGAAAGAGAGGCUUCCCAAAGGAAAGAGGUGGAGAUGAAGGCUUUGCAUGAUGUGAAAGAGAAGGAAAAGCUGGAGAAUGCUCUUUUGGGCCAGUCGCUGCGAUAUCAGAUGUUUGCCUGGGAAGAGAUUGUAUCUGCUACAUCAUCAUUCUCUGAAAGUCUUAAGAUAGGAAUGGGAGCUUAUGGAACUGUCUAUAAGUGCAGUUUGCAUCACACAAAUGUGGCAGUCAAAGUUCUUCACUCGAAAGAGAGUCACAAAUCAAAACAAUUUCAGCAGGAGCUAGAGAUAUUGAGCAAAGUGCGUCAUCCACACUUGCUUCUCCUCAUUGGUGCAUGUCCAGAUCAUGGUUGCUUAAUUUAUGAGUAUAUGGAGAACGGUAGCCUAGAAGAGAGGCUUCUUUGCAGAAACAAUACGACACCAAUUCCGUGGUUUGCCAGAUUCCGAAUAGCGUGGGAAGUGGCGUCUGCUCUGGUAUUACUCCACAACUCAAAGCCAAAGCCAAUAAUUCAUCGAGAUCUGAAGCCAGCAAAUAUAUUGCUUGACCAUAACUAUGUGAGCAAGAUUGGAGAUGUUGGUCUCUCGACCAUGCUCAAUGAUGACCCCACUAUAUCCACCACAUACAACGAUACAGGUCCUGUGGGGACACUUUGUUAUAUGGAUCCAGAGUACCAAAGGACUGGGCAGAUUUCUCCAAAAUCCGAUGUUUAUGCUUUCGGGAUGGUGAUAUUGCAGCUGCUGACUGCAAAACCAGUAAUAGCAUUGACCCAUACUGUGGAAAGAGCAAUAGAGGAAGGAUCUUUGGUAGAGAUAUUGGAUGAAGAGGCUGGCGAUUGGCCGCUUGAAGAGACGAGAGAAUUGGCCAUGCUGGGUCUCAGCUGUGCUGAACUUCGGAGAAGAGACAGACCUGACUUGAAAGAUAAAGUGCUUCCUAAACUGGAGAAACUGAAAGAGACUGCUGACAAGGCCAGAGAUGCUGCUUCCAAUGUCAAAAGUUCGCCUCCAAGUCAUUUCGUCUGCCCAAUUCUCAAGGAUGUCAUGGCCGACCCGUGUGUUGCUGCAGACGGAUACACUUAUGACCGCACAGCAAUUGAGAAAUGGCUCGAAGAGAAAGACAAAUCCCCGAUGACUAACUUGACGCUGCCACAUAAGAAUCUGAUACCGAACUACACUCUCUUAUCCGCUAUAAUGGAGUGGAAGUCUAGGGUGCCAUAGUCGGGGAGAUGGAAGUAGAUGGCGUAGUCUUCUGAGUUAUGGUUCGAUAAUUUUGAAUUUCCUAGAUAGAAAGAUUCGGCCUCGUAUUAUUAGACAGGUAGGGCAUUAGGAAUAGAACCAUGUGCAGCCAAAGUCUCAGUUGCUUCCAUAAGAUAAAAAGAAAAUGAGAGUUCUUCAGCGGCAUGUCAUUAGCAUUGUACAUAUUCUUACUUGAAGUUACUGUCUGGUAAAUUUUUAAAAUGCAUAUCCUCCUCUGUAUUACAUUGA